AUGUCUUUGAGUAAAGUACCACAACAGAAAGGAAUCCUUCAUACAUACGGUUUCAAUUUGACAGCAUUUGAAUUCACUGAUGAUUCAGAGAAUGUUUCUCCAAAUAUUUUGCUUUUCAUUGGUGGAUUAGGCAAUGGGUUACUAAACGUUCCAUAUUUACCCCAAUUGGCACAAGCGGCUUCUUCGAAAUUUAGUAGCAAAGAUGGUAAUUCCUGGAGUUUAGUUCAAGUAUUGUUAUCUUCUGCUUAUAGAGGUUGGGGUACUUCAUCCUUGGACCGUGACAUUUCGGAACUACAAUCAGCAAUUGAAUAUUUUAGAUCAGAACGUGGUGGGAAGAGACAAAAAGUGGUAAUUAUAGGACAUUCUACUGGGUGUCAAGAUGUUAUUCGUUAUUUGACUGAAACAUUGUACAAAGAAGACUUACCGGAAUCAGCCCAAGUUCAAGGUGGGAUAUUGCAAGCACCAGUAUCUGAUCUGGAAGCAUUUAGAUUGGGUCGUGAUCAAAAACAAUUUGAAGAAUUGGUUCAAAAUGUUUAUGAUGAGUAUAUCUCACAAGGCAGGUCUAAGGAAAUUUUACCUGAAAAAUACAAAAGAAUUGCUUUUAAUGUUCCAAUAACCGCUUAUCGGUUCUAUUCGUUGGCUAGUCAAAGAGGUGAUGAUGAUUAUUUUUCUUCUUAUUUGAAUGAAAAGGAUUUUGAGAAUAGUUUUGGAAAGAUUAGAAAACCAGUUUUAAUUCUAUAUGGUGGAAGUGAUGAGUUUGUUCCAAAUUAUGUUGAUAAACAAAAAUUGAUAUCAGAUUGGCAAAAGGCAACCUCGCCAGACUAUUGGAGCAAGUAUAGUGGCAUAAUUAAAGGUGGUAAACAUGAUUUGGGUGACGGAUCCGAUGAGGGGGCUAUUGAUGACUUAAUAGAAAAAGUUACAUCUUUUGUUAACGACUUAUAA